AUGGCGGAAGCAUCGGUUACGGAUGAUGAACGCGCCAAUCGCAUGAAAGCUCUUCAAAUGGCCGAUUUGGGUACUGCUCGCCGUGAACAUACAUCAACUGUUGAUCGCCCAAACAAGCUUCAUCGGAUUGGUAUUCAGCAAAUCGAAGCUAUUAGAGACUCUAAUCGCAAAGGGACUGAGGCAUACACCCUUGCUGAGACCAACAGAGAGAAACUAAACAGCUGGGCAACUUAUCAUGAAACGCUCGAGGAGAAUAUGGAUGCGGAAAACCUUGAUCCACUGCUGGAUGGACAAACACAUAGACUAGCCCUCGAGGCUAAGAUCAAAGGAACUAAUUUGGACUAUCCUGCUAGCUCAAGUAGAGGAAAGAAAGCCACCCGUGGGGCUCUACACAGUGGCCGCGGAGGUGGUGCCGCCGGGUCUCGUGGCCGUGGUGGUACAAGCCAUCAAUCAAAUACCCGGAGCGGAGACAUAACAAAAUCGGACCCAAAUCGUUUGAACCCCACUGUAUUCACCCCGACUAAAAAGGCUCUUGCACCGCUUCCACAGAGGCCUUUGGAUCCAUCCAAAGACUGCAACAAUCCUCCAGCUACUCGUGAUGGAGAUGAUUUCAUGGCAGCUGUUGCUGGUGUCCAAUUUGCUACAGUUGCUAAACCAGUACAGCCACCAGAAACCCCCAAAGUCCCCGAAGCUCCGACUAAGAGCCAAGAUGUGUCUCCCGUUCCACCUAUGUCCCAGGAGUGUUCAGUUCCCUCUGAUAACUUCCAAAAAGACGUGCUAGAAUCUCCUCUGCAACAACCUCAGCCAGAGGUAAAGGCGGCUUUGCCAUCCGAGCCCAACGCUGAGGCUGCUGCCCCAGCAACAAACCUUAAGCCGGCUGCACCUUUGAGAAUAGAUGUAUUUACAAAUCCUUCCGAGAUCCGUGAUGGUCAGGGAGCUGACACUAUACCACUAAAGACAGACCAUGGAUUCGGUUCUUACCUACCACAACCACAGCGGCAAUCUACAGACGCAGAAAAUCAUGAUGCUGACGACCUCUUCCUAUGCACAUCACCUGAAGCCACUGCUGCCGCUCAGAUUGAGGAAGACAAAACCGAAGGAGUCAACCUCAGUACAAGCCUUCUUGAUAUAAGUGAUGGGCCUGAAGAUACGAUACCCCAGGCCCAACCUGCCCCCCAAUCUGCUCCCCAAAGGGUCGAACCAAAGGAUGAAUCAAAUGCUACCAAAGAAGAACUUGCAAAGCUUACGAAAAUUCUUUCUAACCAGUCCUUACUUGACCCUGAAAUCGUUGUCUAUCUCCAAGAGAGAAGAGAACGCCUUGAAAAGGAGCUGGUGGAAAAGGAACUAGCCAGAAACCCGGAAGUUGUCAAAACUACUAUCCACACUGCCGAGCCGGGCAACGCGAAGCCUAUCCAGUCUGGCGCAUCAAACCUUGUCACCUCAGUAGCUACACCAAAUGCUCCAACUACUGCCAAUCUUUCUGAUAUCACUAACCGCAAUACUGGUGAUGUGGUUAACCCAAAUUCUAGUCUACGCAUCACACUAACCCUCCGCAGUGAAAACAUCAAAAAUGCGCCAAUGCCAGUUGAAGUAAAGAAGCCAGAGAUUCAAAACAGCAGCAAUAAUACCUUUGAUCAUAAUAUUGUCUAUGCAAUUCCUGGAGCUUUUCCCUCCAAACCUCCCACAACGUCUCCUCACGACGUCCCCCUUAUCAUCGGCGACCAUCUUCUUCCUGGAAGACCUAUGAAGAAAUGCGAACCACCUCGGCCUAGUGCUCCAGUCUAUGAACCAAAGCUGCACCACCUUCCUGGAACUUUGAGUGGCAAUAGUAACCAGCCUUCUACCUCAAACCAGGCCCAUCAAUUUCAUAAGCCAAUGAUGUUCACAUACCACGCAACUUCCGGUGGCACGCCUGUCGCAACAUCUACUUCAUUUUCUUAUGCACCUGUGAGACCGUCGACUACAGGGAGCCAACCAGCCAUCAUUACUCAUACUCCUCCUGUAUCCCUCGUUUCUCCUACGGGGUCAGCUGUCCUCAAUGCUCCAAAAUCACGUUUCAAGAUGAGAGAUACCCCUCAGUUUCCAAUUAGCGCUGCUACGAUGCAAUAUUACUCGGGGACCUUCCUAGAAGAACAGAUGAAGCAACCAACAACCCCCAUCCGCAAGACAAACGAAAAUAUCAAUCCUGCAAUGGGCUUUGUUUCUUCACAGCCCAUAGAACCUGGCCAAAAGUCGGGCGACCACAGCCGAAACCAGUCUUUUUCCCUUUCCCCUGUUGCAAACACCUUUCGACCAGUUCUACAGAGCCGUAGCCCCAUCCCAGCUGCGUUUGGUGCUCCUAGCUCUGGCCGUUCUGCAACCAGCCAUCACUCCAAGUUCUCAUCCACUGCUUCUGAGACACCUCGUGAGCCAAAAAGUGUUUUUGUUGCUGAGAUGGCAAAGCGUGGAGUGUCUGUUUCUGGAGCUCCAGUUAACAAUCAACCCGUUGAACGGAAGAAAAGUGGAAUGGAGAGCUCCAAGUAUGCUCACUGA